AGUACCCUAAUUUAGGAAUUUUACUUUUUAAAUGAUAAUUGUUUAAAAAUAAUUCAAACUAAUAAAAAGAACAAGAAAGAAAAGGAAAGUUUGAAGUGGUUUGAAUCCAUGGAAGUGGUGAAUCCAUUGAAAGAGUUUAAAUCCAUUGAAGUGAUUUGAAUCUAUCGCUAUUAAUAAUCAUAAAAAUAAAGUACAAGAUCAACAUUUUAAUUAACAAAUGAUUUUUGAAAAUGAGGUUUAUGGAUUUUCAACAAAAGAUGAUCAAACCCUUAGCGAAGUAGAAUUAAAAAAACUUGCUUGUGAUCAAAAUCUUGUAUCAAACUAUAAACAAAUUCAACUAGAAAUAAAUGCUCAAAAAAAUUGGGAUUUAUUUUAUAAAAGAAAUUCAACAAAGUUCUUUAAAGAUCGGCAUUGGACAACACGAGAGUUUGAUGAAAUAACUUCUCAGAAACUAAACGACAAAAAAUUGUUAGAGGUUGGUUGUGGUUGUGGAAAUGCAAUUUUUCCAUUAAUUGAAGAAAACAAAAAUAUUUUUGUUUAUGCUUGUGAUUUUUCUUCAAGAGCAAUUGAAUAUGUAAAAGCUCACAAGCUUUAUGAACUAUCUCGAUGUCUAGCUUUCCAAUCUGAUGUCACCAAAGAUAAUCUUUGUUCAUUUGUGCCUGAAGCUUCUAUUGACAUAGCACUGAUGAUAUUUGUGCUUUCUGCUGUUCAUCCUGGUAAAAUGAAAGAAGUUUUACAAAAUGUACAUAGAGUACUUAAGCCAGGUGGAAUAGUAUUAUUUCGUGACUAUGGUCUAUAUGAUCAUGCAAUGUUACGAUUUGGGCCUGGCCAUAAACUUGAUGAUAGGUUUUAUGUAAGGCAGGACGGAACUCGCGCCUAUUACUUUUCAACAGAUAAGUUAUUUGAGUUAUUUACAUCAUGUGGUUACGAAGUUGUUGAAAAUACAUACAUACAUCGAAGAACAAUAAAUAAAAAAGAAGGUAUAGAUGUACCUAGAAUUUUUGUGCAAGGAAAAUUUACCAAAUUAUCUUAAAUAAAUAGUUUUCAUUUGUGGAAAACAACGUUGUUUUAAACGAUGCUAAUAAGUUUGUUGGUACGGCGUUGAAUUUAACCAAUUGAAAAUUAUGAAAAUAUCAAACAAAAUAUUUUCAAAAACUAUUUUUGAAGUCUUUAAUCAAAAUUUGUGUUUAAAAAGCAGAUCUGGUGACGAAGUUUGUGUGUUUAAAAAGCAGAUAUGGUGACGAAGUUUUUAAUUUUAGACGUUGGUUGAUGUUGCAACUAAAUGCUAAUUGACUGCCUUGUGCAAAUAUUGAUGUAAAACGAAGUUGAGUGCGAGUUUAUUCCUGGAAAAUCAAUUUGUUAGAUCUAAUAUUAACUUUGACUGGAUCUUCUGCCAUUUUUAUUAUGAAUUUUUAUUUUAAUUGUCGUUA